AUGGCCCGGAUGAACCGGCCGGCCCCCGUGGAGGUGAGUUACAAGAGGAUGCGUUUCCUGAUCACGCACAACCCCACCAAUGCCACGCUCAGCACCUUCAUUGAGGACCUGAAGAAGUACGGGGCCACCACCGUGGUGCGGGUGUGCGAAGUGACCUACGAUAAGGCCCCUCUGGAGAAGGACGGCAUCACCGUGGUGGACUGGCCAUUUGACGACGGGGCGCCCCCACCUGGCAAAGUGGUGGAGGACUGGCUGAGCCUACUGAAGGCCAAGUUCUGUGAUGACCCUGGCAGCUGUGUGGCCGUUCACUGCGUAGCCGGCCUGGGACGGGCUCCGGUCCUCGUGGCACUGGCUCUCAUCGAGAGUGGAAUGAAGUACGAAGACGCCAUCCAGUUCAUCCGACAAAAGCGGCGUGGAGCCAUCAACAGCAAGCAGCUCACCUACUUGGAAAAAUACCGGCCAAAGCAGAGACUGCGGUUCAAAGAACCUCACACACACAAGACCAAGUGCUGCGUCAUGUAGCCCAGGGCCUCCGAGCAGGGGCUCCACACCCGCUGCCGCCUCACCUCCUCUCCCGGCACCUUGGCACCCCCGUGUCCCCUGGGCCCAGCUCGCCCUGCGUGCCCUCUGCCGUCUCUUCCCGUCUGGUCAUCCCUGUGUCUCCGUCUGCCCGUGUCUACCACUUUGCAGACCUGCCCUUCCCUGUGUCUCUGUGCCCUGCGUCUCUGCGUCUGGGUCCCGGAGCCCCGUCUCUCUCUGCGUCUCUGGGUGUCUCUGCCUCUCCCCGAGUCUGAUGUCUCUCUCUUCCUGGCUCUGUGCCUGCAGCUCUCUCUCUGUCUGAGGCUUAGCUGGGGCACCCCGGCCCGGCCCUCCCACACUGUCCCCUGGGCAGCUUUCCUCUCAGGCUCAUUUGUUAGGGGGCAGGUGUAUUUUUUAGCCACUGGGCCUGACCCCUCCUCCAUCCUGACCUGUUCUUGGCACUUUCAGUUACUGGGUCUGGAGACUGUCAGAUGUCCUGGACACCGAAGGCAAUAAAAUAGGACUCUGUG